GAAAUGGAUGGAGAAAAUCAGACUGUUGUGUCAGAAUUUAUACUCUGGGGACUUGCCCAUUCAAAGAAUACUCAGAUCUUCCUCUUUGCAAUAUUUCUGAUGCUUUAUCUGUUCAUCGUGUCUGGAAAUAUUGUCAUCUUGAUAUUAAUAACCACUGACUCCCAUCUGCAUUCUCCCAUGUACUUCUUGUUGGCCAACUUGUCUUUUAUUGAUAUGUGGCUCUCUUCAAACACCACCCCUAAGAUGAUCACAGACUUUCUCAGGGAAAACAAGACUAUUUCCUUUGCAGGUUGCAUGUGUCAGGUCUUCUUUGCGCAUUGCAUUGCUGCAGGAGAGAUGGUGCUGUUGGUGGCAAUGGCUUAUGAUCGCUAUGUGGCCAUCUGCAAACCACUUCAUUACUUUACAAUCAUGAACCUGAAGCGAUGCACUGGGUUGGUGUUGACUUCCUGGACAAUUGGCUUUAUACAUGGUAUUAUUUACGUAGCAGUGAUUGUGCACCUGCCUUUUUGUGGUCCCAAUAAAAUAGAUAGUUUCUUUUGUGACAUGCCACUGGUAAUAAAACUAGCAUGCAUGGAUUAUCAUUAUUUAAAUACCUUAAUGAAUGCUGACUAUGGACUUGUAGCUGUAACCUGCUUUAUUCUGUUGCUUAUUUCCUACACAUAUAUCCUUAUCACUGUAUGUCAGAGCUCUAAAGCUGGGGCAUCUAAGGCUCUGUCCACAUGCACUGCUCACAUCACAGUGGUGCUGAUCUUUUUUGUGCCCUGUAUCUUCAUUUAUGUGUGGCCUCUUAAUAUUACCUGGUUGGACAAAUUUUUUGCUGUGUUUUAUUCUGUUUUUACACCUCUCCUAAAUCCAGCCAUUUAUACACUGAGAAAUAAAGAUAUGAAAAAUGCUAUGAAAAGGUUCAUGGGCAACUUUCUGAGUUCCAAAGUAAACUCCUAA